CGUGGAUCUCAGUCCGUCAACAGCUUCCCGAAGUAGCAGUAUUUCUUGAACUCGAAAAUGUGUGACGAAGAUGAGUGUGCGCUUGUGUGCGACAAUGGCUCCGGCAUGGUCAAGGCCGGUUUCGCCGGAGACGACGCCCCUCGUGCCGUCUUCCCCUCCAUCGUCGGCCGCCCCCGUCAUCAGGGUGUGAUGGUCGGUAUGGGUCAGAAGGACGCCUACGUCGGCGAUGAGGCACAAGCAAAAAGGGGUAUCCUUACCCUCAAGUACCCCAUCGAGCACGGUAUCAUCACCAACUGGGACGACAUGGAGAAGAUCUGGCAUCACUCCUUCUACAACGAACUCCGUGUUGCCCCUGAGGAGUCCCCCACACUUCUCACUGAGGCUCCCCUUAACCCCAAGGCUAACCGUGAGAAAAUGACCCAGAUCAUGUUUGAAACUUUCAGCACCCCAGCCAUGUAUGUUGCCAUUCAGGCUGUGUUAUCACUGUAUGCUUCCGGUCGUACCACUGGUAUUGUGCUUGACUCUGGUGAUGGCGUGUCCCACACCGUGCCCAUCUACGAAGGUUAUGCUCUUCCUCACGCCAUCUUGCGUCUUGACUUGGCUGGACGUGAUCUGACCGACUACCUCAUGAAGAUCAUGACUGAACGUGGCUAUUCCUUCACCACUACCGCUGAACGAGAAAUUGUCCGAGACGUUAAGGAAAAAUUGUGUUAUGUAGCCUUAGACUUUGAAAAUGAAAUGGCUCAGGCCGCGGCAUCAAGUUCCUUGGACAAAUCCUACGAGCUUCCUGACGGCCAGGUCAUCACCAUCGGCAACGAGCGCUUCCGUGCUCCCGAGGCUCUGUUCCAGCCAUCCUUCCUUGGUAUGGAAUCAUCAGGAAUUCACGAAACUGUUUAUACAUCCAUCAUGAAGUGCGACGUCGACAUCAGGAAGGACCUGUACGCUAACACUGUCAUGUCUGGCGGUUCAACCAUGUACCCUGGUAUUGCUGACCGAAUGCAGAAGGAAAUCACAACCCUGGCUCCUUCCACCAUCAAGAUCAAGAUCAUUGCUCCUCCUGAGCGUAAAUACUCUGUGUGGAUCGGUGGUUCCAUCCUGGCCUCUCUCUCCACCUUCCAGCAAAUGUGGGUUACAAAAGAGGAAUAUGAUGAAUCAGGACCAGGGAUUGUUCACCGGAAAUGUUUCUAGGCGUUAAAAUUUACAUGUAACUGUCCAGAUAUUUUUGUAUACAUGUCUUUCAUAUACGAUUAACUUCUAAUAAAUUUGUAACUAAGAAA